AUGUCUGGCCACCCGCCCUGGAAUGACGACCCGGUGGCCGUGGAGGCGGCCCCGGCAGAGCCAGAGCUACCUCCUGGGAUGGCGGAGCAUAAGGCGAAUGGCACCACGUUUCGGGUCCCCAGCCAUUUUUCUCUGCUCCGAGUCCUGGGCAAGGGCACCUACGGAGCAGUCAGCGCCUUUCGGGAUGAGCUGACGGGAGAGGAGUUCGCCGUGAAGAAGAUCCCGAACCCGGGCAGAAACACCGUGGAGGCGAAGCGCUGCUUGAGAGAGAUCAAGCUGCUUACUCUCCUGGACCAUGAGUGCAUCAUCAAGUUGCUGAAGGUCCUGGAGCCACCCUCCACUGUUUUCACCGAGGUCUACCUCGUCACGGAGCUCAUGGACGCAGAUCUGCACACAGUCAUCUGCUCGGACCAGCCUUUGAGUGAGGACCACGUGCAGUUCUUCAUUUAUCAGAUACUGCGAGCCCUGCUGUACUUGCACUCUGCCAAUGUGGUGCACAGGGAUCUUAAGCCCUUGAAUGUUCUAGUAAACAAGAAUUGCGACAUCAAGCUGUGCGACUUUGGCCUCGCCAGAGGCCGCGCCGGCUUCGAUCAGGACGAUGACACCUGGCUCCGGACGGAGUAUGUGGGCACCCGCUGGUAUAGAGCUCCGGAGGUGAUCUUGACCUCCAGGGAGUACACGGCGGCCGUAGACAUGUGGAGCGCAGGUUGCAUUCUCGGGGAGCUCAUCGGCCGGGCGCCAAUGUUCCGCGGGUCGGACUUCCUCGACCAGUUGCGCUCCAUAUGUGCAAUCGUGGGAACGCCGGAGGAGUCUGAGCUUUCCUUCAUUCCGGAGCACAACCAGGCAGCCAGAAACUUCUUGAGGACCAAGUAUCCGGGCCUAACACGCCAGAACUGGAAGGUCAUGUUUCCGCACGCCGCUGAUACGCAGUGUGACCUGCUAGAUCGGCUGCUGCAGUUCGACCCGAACAAGCGCCUCACGGCCCACGAUGCCCUGCGCCAUCCGUACCUCGAGGACCACCACGACGAGGAGGAGGAGCCACUGGCCAGCGGCCAUGUCGACUGGAGUUUCGAUGACACUGCCCUGGACGCAGAUGGCCUGCAGAGAAAAAUCUACAGGGAAGCUGCCACGCAGGAGGUGCUGGACAGAGACGUCGCAGAGCUAACGGCGAAGGGCUGGCCUGUUUCCUUAGACUCUCCGGAUUGGUGA